UAGUCUCUUCGUUGGGUUUCAGCCAUCGCUUCAUAUAAACAGAUAUUUUAUGGAUUAUUUGAACAAAUUGUUGGAAGAAUUGGAUGUGAUUUACGACGACUAUAAGACAUCACAUCUCAUUCCAUCGCUUCCAACACAAGACUUUGUCACACAAUUGGAUCCAAUCAUCAGAUCUGUGGUAAAAAUGUCACCAAAACUGUCGAAACCGUUAUCACCGGGAGAUGUGAUAACCGAAGACAUGCCUAUCAUUCAUGCAUUACACAAGGAAUCCAAAGGCAAAUAUUGUGACAAUUGUUUCAAACAAUCGGAUCAAUUGAAGAGAUGCUCGAAAUGUCUUCAAAUAUUUUAUUGCAGUAAAGAGUGUCAGAAGAAUGACUGGAAGUAUCACAAGAAUGAGUGUCCACUCUAUUUGCGUGACUUGACAUCAGUCUUAUCGACAACUAAUUGGAUGCGAAUUUUGCUCCGACUCUUCCUUUCGGUGCAAAAGAUCCCAAACUUUGCCACAAAAAAGUACCGAUUGUUUGACGGAUCGGAUGUCAGUCUCAGAGACAUCGAAGUGAAUGCCAGUGAAGUCAAUGACAACAAGAAAAUUCUUAAUUUCUCUAACAUUUGCAAUAUUUUUAAUGAUAUUGACUUUGAUUACGAUCGCCAAGAAGUACAGCAUUGGUUGUCAUUCUUGUAUACCAUUCCUCUGAUUCCAAUCAAAUCUAGUGAUCAGGACAUAAUGGAAACGCCGGACACUAUUGGCACCGGUCUAUACAUUCAGCACUCACUGCUCGGCCACAGCUGUCAACCCAACAGCGCUCUCAUCGGUAAAGGACUAUCGAUACCAUUGCGGGCAAUGAGACCGAUAGCCGCUGGCGAAGAGAUUACCAUAAGUUUCGUACGAUUGGAUCUAAACCGUGCGGACAGACAACAGGCACUGAAAUUCUGGUCAAUAGACUGCGAGUGCGAGAAAUGUGUUUACCAUUUGGAUCGUAACAUCGAUUACACACGUCUUCAACCAUCAAAUCUGUUUCCACUCAAUGUCUUCACAUUUGGCACUCAAUUAAUGGAUUAUUUGCGACAAGUGUUGACCGAAUUGGAUGUCAUGUUUGGCGAAUAUCAUCCGCAGAAGACUAAUCUCCUGAUGGCAAUCGUUAUCAAAUUAGCCAAUUGUCCGCUAAUUCCCGAACCCGUUAUGAAUGAAAUGAAAGCCAAAACAAUGAAAGCAAUUGAUGUGACACUUCUGUCCGACAUUCCCUUUAGGAAUCUCUUCAUCCAUAGAUGUCUCACUGUGUUUGCGAUUGUGAGCGGAAGUCAUACCACAACCGGUUGUGGUGUUUUGUCCGCACAUUUCAGACAACAACCCAAUCAUUUGUGUGGGAAGUGUGAGUGCCAUUACAAGCGCACUACUGGUGAUACACCCGCGUUCCCAGUAUCCACUUCUCGCAAACAAGAGGUCCCGCCGAUACAACAGUCUAUUACGGCGACGAACUCAGUUAUUCAUAAAAAAUAUAAUACCAAAUUGAAGGAAGUUUGGGGCAAAUCCUGUAGCGCUGUGUGGGGUUGUGUUGUACUUUUGCACAACAUCGGGAUGUCCUUGGUCAUCGUGGUAAUGCUUGAGAACGCGUUCGCACAUCGAGUUUGGAAUAAUUAUACGUGUAAUACCACGCCGUUUGACGACAAGCAAUCCAUCACGUGUUUCGACAUUACGAAU